CUGCUGCGUUAAUGUGUAUGUUGCAUUUUACAGCUGUAAAUGUUUAUGGUUGAGCUAAUUUUAACAACUUUAUAUACUGUUGGGUAGUUUCAUCCACAGCAUUGCAUCAUAUUGUAUAACAGUGAUUCCCAACCUUUUUUGUCCAACGUACCCCCACAGCCCUAUCAGAUGGGCCUAAGUACCCCUUUAUCAUACCCCUUUGAUAGAUGGGAUGGCUUUGUGGUAUUGUUUAUCUUUAUCUUUAUGGUCAUUUUUAGUAGUUUUGGCCAAGUUCUCAUUUGUACUACCUCCAUUUGGAGUGACAGAAACUGGUUGUUUCAACCAUUUACAGUAUCUUUACUUUUAGCUUUUUGAUGUCUUUUUUCUAACUAGUCUUUCUACAGUCUUAAUCAACUUACAGUUGACUGAAGGUUGGUGGAAAACUGAAGCAUGUCUUGUGCAGACUACCAUAGUUGCUAAGUUAUUGUGACAAUAACUAUGAAGAUCAACAUCACACCAGUUUGUAAUCUUACUUAUGCGUUGUUUUUUCUCCUGAACACAAAUAUGUGGCUAUAUAUCAUCAAAUCAUAAUUUCUAUUUUUUCAAAUUAGCUGAGCUUCACAAUUUUUCCACAUACUCGCUGGUAACUGCAGAAUUACCUGUUGGAGUACCCUUGGUUGGGAAUCACUGUUCUAUAAGAUUAUGAUACGUUUGUAGCGUCGCUGUCCUGUGAGAACCAUAAAUCUCUAAAAAGUCAACUUUUCAUGAGCUCAGAAAAACAGCCCUGUUUUCAGCUUUGUGACAAUUUAUUUUCAAGCUAAUCUAAGGGGGCUUUAAAAAGUUGAUUUAGCUGAAGAAGUAGGAGAAUUUUCUCGACCCAUAACACAACACUUAAUUGUUCAGAAACAUUCAAAUUCAGAAUCACCAAAUUUGAACAUGGUUUCCACAGUCCUUUUGUAAUUGGUUUGAUUGUGUUAGUCAAAAUAGUCAAGUUGAAAUUUUGUUUCAUUGCUUUUUUUGUCCUGCUCCCUCCCACUUGUUUGGCACACUUGAUGUAUAUAUAUAUAUAUAUAUAUAUAUGAUUCUAAAUAAAGUAAUUUUCAUUUGCAACUACUCUUUUGUCUUCUCAUUUCUUUUUAAGCAAGUUGCUUAUAUUAAUGUUUAUAUUGACCUAAAAUAUUUACAGUUAUUUGUUAGCACCAAGAUGUUUGAUGAACAGUUUUGUGUUUCAACUACAAUUUCUUUUCCAGAACUUCCAGUUUUUUAUCUAUAUGAUUUUGAGAGACAUUUGCUCAGUCAAAUAUGUAGGAUGGUCAGGAGGAAAAUGUAUUGUGUUGAUCUAAUCCCAGAUUUGGCAUGGUACAUAUACUUGCACAUUUGAAGCAAAGAGCAUUUCACAGUUUAUCUCCAAACAGGAUUACACAGUGCCAUGCUAUAAUCCAGCAGCAUAAGCUCCCUUUAUUUCAGUUAAAUUUUAUUUAUAUAGUGCCAAUUCACAGCAGAAGUUAUCUCAUUGCAUUUUUCCUGUAGCGCAGGUCUAGACUGUACUUUUUAUAAUAUAAUAUGUAAUAUAUAAUUCCUGAGCCAAUUCAAGAACUCCCAAGUCAUCCAUUUGGCAUGCUUAACGAAAAGCUUUUAACCUUUGUGAGGCACUGUAUUAAAUGAAAUAGGACAGCUGUUCACUUCACACACAUAUGCAUAUCAUGUGCAUCACAGUGCCAUACCGUCAUCAUUAUUACAUUUCAGCUUUGAGUCCCUGGUUGGCUUUUUAAAGUUGUAUACCAGGAUUGAGACAAUGGUGACAUAACCACUUUUCAAUUAACAACCAUCCUUUUUUCCCAGUUGUCUCUGCUGUGAAUACACAGCACAGUUUUUAAUGAAUGUGAACAGUGAGGACUCCCAGGUGACCUGCUGCUGCUGUGGAGUGAUAAUGAAAAGGGCGGAUACUUGUCCAAGCUGCAGGUUCACCCAUUAAUAUUAUUCAUACAGUGGAGAAUCACUUGCCGACAAGCGAAGCAGGCUCACUGUAUGUUCGGUAAGCGUAGAGAGAAUGAAGAUACAGAACUAAACAUGUUGACUCUUUGAACCUGGAGAUGAGAGGCGAUCCUGCACCUGCAUGGAUCUCUGGGAACAACACCAUUUGGAAGGAAUACACUGACAUCGCCUUUGUAGUGGCAAACAGCUUGAUUCUGUUGAUCACUUCUGUUGUGGGGAUUGCAGCAAACGUUUUUGUCAUACUGGCAGUUUAUCACCAAAAAUCACUGCAAACUUCGAAUAAUGCACUGGUGGUGAAUCUUGCAGUUAUAGACAUUCUGAGAUGUGUAAUUGACUGCCCCAUUCUUUUAACCAUUGUCGUGACUGUGUAUCAAAGAGGGCAUGUAGACCAGGUGAUCUGUGAUACACAAGUGGCCUCUUUCUCUUUCAGCUGCUGCAUCCAACUGUUGACACUGGCCUGUAUAAGUGCAGAGAGACACCAGGCCAUUGCACAACCCUUCAAAACUAGUCAAAGGAGAAGACGGAUUAUGGUACUGAUUCCUGUCACAUGGACCUUGGCUAUUCUGGUGGCUGGCUUUUGUCUGAUAUUUCUGAGGGACUCACCCGUGCAUGUGAGAUGCAAAGGAUUACCGAGAGAGACAUCAUCCUCCUAUGACACCUUUGGACUUUACAUGUUGUUCCCACUUUGGGCGGCUUGCUUUGCUGUUAUCAUUGGAUUCUACGCUCGCAUAUUUACCCUUGUGAGAUCACACAAUCGCAAAAUAUUUGACAAAGGUACUUGUCUUUCAAAAAAUGACAAAAUUGAAGAUAAGCAGAAGAAAGGAGAAACCACAGCUGUGGAAAAUGGACACAGUUCCUUUGCUCAGGUGGAACUAUUGACACAAGCUGUACCAAAUCCAUCCAAAAAAGAUUCUACGGCUUCUCUACUGACCUCAACAAAAGCUCAACAAUGUGUCUCUAUCAAUUCAGAGACCAAAAAAGACUUUAAAAAUACAAUGGAGAUAACUGACUUGGAAAGAGAACAACCCCACCCUCCUGCAAUGCAGGUUGCAGUGCAGACUGAGGAAAAACCUUUUAAAACAGAGCAGUCCAACCCGUGUGCCACGAAUGUUGAAGCAAAAGCAUUCAAUGGAAAUGCUGUUGCUGGUGUUAAGAGCUCAACCUCAAAGGUGUCAAACAAUUCUGACACAGAAAAUCAGUCCAAAGACAAAGCACCCUGUGAAAUGAAAGAAACCAGUACCCAUGUUCCAUCGUCUGCACAGUUAGAAAAUCCUGAAUCCACAUCUGUUUUACAGAUUGAGCUAAAACAAGCUAAGAACAGCAAUGGAGGAGAAACACUGGCUGUUGCUACAGUAGAUGAAGUGUCUUCAUUUCCUCCGGUCUCAAAUUCUGUCCCUGAAACAGUAGCUACAAAACAGGAUGCAGAGGUGCAAGGUGCUGUUUGCAUAAUGCCUUCAAAAGCAAGUAAAGAGAGAGCGAAAAAAAAGAAGGAAAGUAAAAUGGCCAAGCGUGCUGGCUACAUAAUUAUAACUUUCCUCUUAUUCUGGCUACCAUUGAUCACAACUAUCCUGGUGAAUUUAGUUCACAAAAACAAGAAUACACAGAUAACAAUCAUUCGGGAUGUAGAGAUUCUGUCAGUCUCUGUUGCCUGCAUCACAUCGCUGAGUGACCCAAUAAUAUAUGCUGCAGUGAACCCUCAGUUUCGGACAGAGUUUUAUAAGCUUAAAAACAUUGUUAAAUCCGUAUUCAAUAAGAAAUGAUCAUAUUUCCACUAUGGCUACCUUUGAGUCGCACUAGAUCAAAUGACCAUACCCAAUAUUCACUAUGUAACUGAAUAUUAAAAUGGUUAACAUUUGUCUCGUCAUUGUUCAAAUAUUAAUUAAAUUAAAGCCCGGA